AUGUCCAGCUCAGUGAUGGCGAAUGGUACCGAGUUGGUGCCCAUCGUCAAAGAGUCAAUUGUCACUGGUGUUGGUGAGGUAACAAAACUGCCGUUUACAGAGACAAUUACUUGGUCAUUGGCCGCAGGCAUUGUGCCUGGUAUCCACUUUGCAGAGUUGUUGAAGUUGCCUACACCUCCUUGCCAAGAGAUAAGUCCUGCGUUGGCUACAGGCCACUUCUGGCAUUGA